AUGACAGGAAAAAACUUUCAGACUGUAGGCAGUAAGCACAAACAAGGAACCUGGGAGCGCGAUCGGCCCCAAGGAAGCCAAACCCGUUCGCUUCGGUUCCAGAACAGCGACGGGGAGGUCAAAUACUUGCGUGAUGCCGAAGAACUGAUUCGGCCAGAGCGGAACACGCUGAUCGUAAGCUUUGUGGAUUUGGAGCAGUUCAAUCAGCAGCUUUCUACCACUGUUCAGGAGGAGUUUUACAGAGUUUAUCCUUAUCUCUGCCGAGCAGUAAAGACUUUUGCCAGAGACCAUGGAAAUGUUCCUUCAAACAAGGACUUUUAUGUCGCAUUCCAAGAUCUACCUACCAGACACAAAAUUCGAGAAUUGACAUCAGCAAAAAUUGGCUCACUGAUGCGUAUCAGUGGACAGGUGGUACGUACCCACCCAGUUCAUCCCGAACUUGUGAGUGGAACCUUCCUAUGCCUAGACUGUCAGACAGUGAUUAAAGACGUGGAACAGCAAUUUAAGUACACGCAACCAAAUAUCUGCAGAAACCCAGUUCGCAUUCAGGAAACACAGGCCGAGCUGCCGCGUGGUAGCAUUCCUCGUAGCGUAGAAGUGAUCUUGCGUGCAGAAGCAGUAGAGUCUGCUCAGGCUGGUGACAAAUGUGACUUCACAGGAUCACUGAUUGUCGUGCCUGAUGUGGCUCAACUCUCAACACCAGGGGUGCGUGCAGAGACUGGCUCCCGGGUAAGCGGGACGGAGGGCUAUGAAACCGAAGGAAUCCGAGGACUUCGUGCCCUGGGAGUCAGAGAGCUGUCAUAUAAACUAGUCUUCCUAGCUUGUUAUGUUGCACCAACAAAUCCACGGUUUGGUGGAAAAGAGCUCCGAGAUGAAGAACAGACUGCGGAAAGCAUUAAGAACCAAAUGUCUGUGAAAGAAUGGGAAAAGGUGUUUGAAAUGAGCCAGGAUAAAAACCUCUAUCACAAUCUGUGUACCAGCCUCUUCCCCACUAUCCACGGUAAUGAUGAAGUGAAACGUGGAGUUCUGCUGAUGCUUUUCGGAGGAGUUCCAAAGACCACUUCAGAAGGCACUUCACUGCGUGGGGACAUCAAUGUUUGUGUUGUUGGUGAUCCAAGUACAGCCAAGAGCCAAUUUCUAAAGCAUGUGGAAGAGUUCAGUCCUCGUGCCGUGUACACCAGCGGAAAGGCCUCCAGUGCCGCCGGUCUAACGGCGGCUGUUGUAAAAGAUGAAGAGUCUCACGAAUUUGUUAUUGAAGCUGGAGCACUGAUGUUGGCAGAUAAUGGGGUUUGUUGCAUUGAUGAAUUUGACAAAAUGGACAUGCGGGAUCAAGUAGCCAUUCAUGAAGCAAUGGAGCAGCAAACUAUAUCCAUUACUAAAGCAGGAGUAAAGGCUACCCUGAAUGCCAGGACCUCCAUUUUGGCUGCAGCAAACCCAGUUGGUGGGCGUUAUGACAGAUCCAAGUCACUGAAACAGAAUAUAAACCUGUCAGCUCCCAUCAUGUCUCGGUUUGAUCUCUUCUUCAUUCUUGUGGAUGAAUGUAAUGAGGUUACAGAUUAUGCCAUUGCCAGACGCAUAGUGGAUCUGCAUUCCAGAAUAGAAGAAUCUGUUGAUCGGGUCUAUUCAUUAGAUGAUAUCAGAAGGUAUCUGCUGUUUGCAAGACAGUUUAAACCAAAGAUAUCUAAGGAAUCCGAGGACUUUAUAGUGGAGCAGUAUAAACGACUGCGUCAGCGUGAUGGUUCUGGAGUGACAAAGUCAUCCUGGAGAAUCACAGUGCGACAGCUGGAAAGCAUGAUUCGACUGUCUGAAGCUAUGGCCCGUAUGCACUGCUGUGAUGAGGUUCAUCCAAAACAUGUGAAGGAAGCUUUCAGGCUUUUAAAUAAAUCUAUCAUUAGAGUUGAGACUCCUGACAUCAAUUUAGACCAAGACGAAGAACAGCAAAUGGAGGAUCAAGAGGACCAAGAUGGAGUCAAUGGUGAGGCAGAAGCUCCAGCUGGGGUCACUGGUCUUGUGAAUGGGAUCAAUGGCCAUCCUGAGGACGUGAGCAAGGAUGCUGUACCCAAAGCUUCUCUUAGACUGGGCUUCUCUGAGUAUCGACGGAUUUCUAAUCUCCUUGUGCUGCACCUCAGGAAAGCAGAGGAAGAAGAGGACGAUUCAUCGUUAAAGAAGAGUGAACUUAUUAAUUGGUAUCUAAAGGAAAUUGAAUCUGAAAUAGAGUCUGAAGAAGAGCUUAUAAACAAAAAGAAGAUCAUAGAGAGAGUCAUUCAUCGACUUAAACAUUAUGAUCACAUUCUUAUAGAACUGUCCCAGUCGGGCCUGAGAGGCUCCAGAGAAGAGGAGACUUUCGAUGAAGACCCAUACCUGGUUGUCAACCCUAACUACCUGCUGGAAGACUAAGGGCUGAGAACUGGAUUAUGGACCUGACUAGUUAUGUGUUGGAAAAUGCAUUCUCUCUGAAUUCUUACAAUAGUUCCUAUAUAGCUAACAUCUUCAAUUUAUAUGAAUGCUUGACUGUCGAAUGGACCAACACGCGGUUAGUAAUACAUGACUGAACAUAUACACUGAACGUACUUGGGAUGUUUUUAAACAAAUGACACGUUAACGUAUUGGUUCGUUACUCGUUCUGGGUUUCACUGCCAUUGUCCAGAUGCAGAGGAAAGUCAUCCAAUAGCUCUUUUCAGCAUCAAGCUGUGUACAUGCUUCUGUUUUAAAUGAGAGGAAUUUUGCAUUAUUCUUCUAUUGUAUUUAGUAAACUUGUUAUGCUAUAGAUUUUCACUGUUUUUCUUAUAAAUAAAAGAUCAUUACAUGUCUGUAGAUGUCUGGGGGUGGCUUUGUUGUCACUGGUAUGUGGGGUUGCUGUUUUCAUUGCGUGUGCUUUGAUGCUGAAAAAUUAGUGAUCUGAAUACAUAGUGUUUUAAGAAAUACUUAACCUUCUAGAUGACUGAUGCUGGUUUUUAGGAAAACUUUUAAACUUCUAAGGGAUAGUGACAGCAUCUGAUUGUAUCUCUCUGUUCUUGGAUGGACUUUUUGUACACGCUCCUGGUGCACUUUUAAAAUAGAACAUUCAAAAUAGCCAAGGCCAAAGCAAAGUUUUAAUCCAGGAGGGCAAAACCCCCUAUCUUUAGUGAAUGCCUUGACUCGUAAGUGAAGUGAAAGGUGGCAUGAUUUGUGAAGGGCUUUUUGAGUGUAUUUGCAAACUUGUUCUUAGUCUUUAUUUAGAAGAAAAUAUUUUAUUUAAAUUUCUAUUGAUCUCAAUUAUGUGC